UGCGGAGAUUCCCCCCUCUGGGAGGUGAUGGUGCGAUCCGGCAGGCCGCGGCCUCCUCCCCCCACGCUGAGCUUUGGAGGCGGCAGGGACGGCGAGGGACAGGCCGCAGAAAUCAUGGUGAAUUUUGUUCAGAUUGUUUGUGACCACUGGGUUCAUGUCCUUGUCCCCAUGGGUUUUGUAAUUGGAUGGUACCUGGACAAAAGGAGUGAUGAAAAGUUAACUGCCUUCGCCAAUAAAAGCAAGCUGUUCGGAAGGGAAUUGAAAUCCGAUGAAGAUACCCGGAAAUGAAGAAUUUUGCUGAAAGCAGGAAUGUGUAUCUUUAAUAAAACGUAUUGAAUGACAAA